UGCUACACGACGUUAGCACGGCAGCUAAUUGAGAGGAGAUCAGUGGCAUAAGUCGGCAAAGCAGAGACGGUGACGGCACUUUUUGACCUGUGUAUUAUGUGUUACAGCGCGCAUUUUGAGAUUGAUCGCCGCUGACAACUCCGUUUUCGUAUCGCUGUUUUUAUCCGUUUCAGUUAACGUGUGAUUGUAUUUACAGUCAGGCUAGCUCCUGAGGUUAAAGUUAGCCAUGUUUACAGAGCUCAACAGCAUCUUGAACACGACUCCGGACAGCUUCACACAGGGAGAAUUUGUCUUGCUCUCGGACAGACAGAGCGAUGCCUCCUUCCUCAUUCACCACUUUCUCUCUCUGUACCUACGAGCACGCUGCAAAGUGUGCUUUCUAGGUCUGGUGCAAUCCUUCAACCAUUACAGUGCCAUCGGUCAGAGACUGGGCGUAAGUCUAACACAAGCCAAGGAAAAGGGUCAACUGGUUUUCUUGGAGGGACUGAACGAGUCACUCUCUGUACUAAUUCCUCGAGACGCCGAGACUGGAUCUCGUGCCAUGGACUUCCUCAGGGAUCCUAGGGUCGGCCUAAAGAGUCUCUACGAGUUCGUCCGGUCCGGUGCGACCAGUUCUGGCGUCGGGGGACACCAGGCGGACGGGGGGGAGGAGUGGGGGCCCCCGGUGUUGCUGGUGGACGACCUCAGUGUGCUGCUGAGUCUGGGGGUGAGCGCUGGGGCCGUGCUGGACUUCAGCCACUACUGCAAAGCCACCGUCUGCUCCGAGCUACAGGGCAACGUGGUGAUGCUGGCGCGCUCUGACGGGCGGGGCGAAGAGGAGGAGGACGGAGACGAUGAAGGCUCGGAGAGACUUCUGAGGGGCCUGGCCCACCAGUGCAGCCUCACUCUUCAGGUCCAGGGUCUCCCCACCGGCUACUGCAGGGACAUACACGGCCAGGUAGAAGUGUGCUGGAGGAGGAGACAAGGUGAUGGACAGUGCAAACAGAAGAAACUCUUUCAGUACAAGGUCCAUGACAAAGGAGCCUCCUUCUUUGCUCCCGGGACGUCCAGCGCUGUUCUCUAGCUCCACCUUUCAGCGUCCUAGUUUUGCCUUUUUGUCUCUUUUACACGUGACAACCGCCUAUUAUGUUUCACUAUGAUCAGACCACACAAGCUGGGUGUUAGGCUGCCAAAAGAAAUUGGUGAACUGAAAAAAAUUUGCCAACCGUGGUCAUGCUUUACGUUUGGAUGCCUAAAGGUGUCCACGGGCUCAGCCUGGAUCCCAGACUGUCUGGAGGAAAGACGGCGCAAUCCUGCCAGCAGAUCGCCCGCUUCCAGACCUCUGAAUCCCUGGCCACAUCUCUUUUGUUUUUAAUUUAGCUGUUUGAAUAAGUGUUUUUUUUCUUUUCUUUUUGUGCGCAUUUUUUUUAAUGCAGACUGUGACACAUUUGUGAUGGCGAGUGGACAUUAAUAGACCAGCCAAUAAACAAAACAAAGACAAACACAUUGUUCAAAGGAGGUGCUGGUAUUUGGCUGAGAUAACAAUGAAUGCAUAAGGUGAUUGUUCUUAGCACUGAAUGGGUAUCAUCCGAAUAAAAUAAAAAGUGUAAAAAACGCUGUCAUUGCACGGU